UUUUCUUUAUUCUUUUUUUUUCUCAAGCAGAUCGUGAGUAUUAUUUUAUAGUUUUUGGUAAAAUUGUGCUUUAUUGGUAAUUGGGAUAGAUGUAGAUUUUGCCAUUUUGCUUUGGCUAUAUUUAUGGGGUUGUCAUGCUCCUAAAGAAUAGGCUGUUCUUGGGUUUUGUGGACUGCAAGUUUCUCUUUGAAUGUGGGGCUUUAAUUCUCACAUCCCACUGUUUUUUCUGGGGUUGCUCAUGAUAUCUCAAAUGAAAUGAUCUUGAUAAAUUUUUCUUCUGAUGAAACAUGGAGGACCCGUUUUUACAUCUUGCAAGUUUGAGCUCUUAUAUAGCCCAGCAAUUUGUUCAAUUUAUUGAAGAUCUUAUCUGCAUAGAUAUCCUUGGGUGGUCGGAAAAUUUAGUUGGCUUUGGUGGUCAGCAUGUAACCUUCACCAGUAACAGGGGUUACAGAUCUGUUCAUGAAGCUUCCUCAUUUUCUUCAAGAGUGUCCAACCAAGGAACAAGCCUUAUAAUUCGUGAAAGAAGCGCCUCCAAUCUCAAUGAUAGCUUACCUGUAAAUUCAAGAUUAGAGAUUGUGAGAAGUAAUCAAAGUUAUGGAGGUUUCAGCCUCAUUUUUGAAGGGUUGAUGCUUCCAGUAUAUGGUCUAAGAUUUGCUUGGAAACUUAUGGUGGCCUCUUGGAGAUGUUUUAUAUCUCAUAUCCGAUGUGCUCUAGUUCGAGUUCAGAGUGUUAUAUCUCGUGUCCGUAAAACCUUGCAUGGAUCUUCUGAUGACAUUGGGUGGAUGCAACGAGCUCCUGAAAUGGCUCCUGUAGUUGAUGGCUCAGCUAGAUUUAGAGAACUACUACAAGAUAUUAGGAAUGGACAGCACACACUACCGGAUUCUUUUGUUUAUCUACUAAUUCCAGGGUUUUUUAGCAAUCACGGUCCCUUAUAUUUUGUGAGCACUAAGAAGUUCUUUUCAAAGAUGGGACUAACUUGCCAUAUUGCUAAGAUUCAUAGUGAGGCAUCCGUGGAACAAAAUGCAUGGGAAUUGAAGCAAUACAUCGAGGAGUUACACUGGGGGUCUGGCAAACGUGUGAUGCUGCUUGGUCACAGUAAGGGUGGGGUCGACGCCUCCGCUGCUUUGUCAAAAUAUUGGCCUGAAUUAAAGGAUAAAGUUGCAGGGCUGGCAUUUGUGCAGAGCCCUUAUGGUGGGACGCCUGUUGCAUCAGAUAUUCUUCGUGAAGGCCAGAUUGCUGACAAGGAAACGCGAAGGAUCAUGGAAUUUUUAAUAUGCGAGCUAAUUAAGGGUGACAUAGGGGCAUUAGAGGAUCUCACGUAUGAGAAGCGACAGGAGUUCAUAAAAAACCACAAGCUUCCUGACGAUAUUCCUGUCAUCUCCUUCCAUUCUGAAGCCAGUAUAGCACUGAACGUAAUAGCAACAAUGUCCCAUAUUGCACAUGCUGAACUUCCUUGGCUACCUUUGCCUGGAUUUGGUGACAAUGACUCAGCCGAUGUCAUCCAAGCAGGCUGCAAGGUGCCUGUUAUAGUUCCUGUUUCUGCUGGACUCGCUCUUUGUGCACUCCACCUGCAAUUAAGGUAUGGAGAGAAGAGUGACGGUUUAGUGACCUGUCGUGAUGCUGAAGUGCCUGGUUCAGUGGUGGUAAAACCAGACAUGAAGCUUGAUCAUGCUUGGAUGGUAUAUUCAUCAUGGAAAAAGGACCCAAAUGAACCGGAUGCUAGUGAAAUGUGUGAAGCUUUGUUAACUAUGCUUGUGGAACUCGGUAAGAACAGAAAGAAGCUUUGUUAACUUUGCAUAUCAUGUCAGAUCAAUCCUUUGAACAAUCAAGUUCCAAAUACUAGAUGGAAAUGAAAUAUGAUAUGUUUCUUCCAACAUUUUCUGAUUAAUAUGCCAGGAUAUGGUUUUAUUUUAA